UAUGAUGAAUAUAUUAUAAUCUAGCUAGCAGUUGCUUUGUGGUAACCACUUAAUAUUUUAACAUUAUUUAGUCUGUUGUAAUAACAUUUAGUCAAGUUGAAAAUGUUCUUGUUAGGUCAUAAAAUCUGAUUUAAAAAAAAUACAGUAAUUUAAAAAAAACAAACACUUCAAAUGAAGUAUUAUUCAAACUCAUGAGUACUUAAAUUACGAUAUUCAAUUAAACGAUCAGUAACAAAUUAAAACUAUAAAUGAAAGUGAAAGAAAGCGGAUAAAGUUGACAUAAAUGCAAAUGUGAUCUUAAAAGAACAGGAGAGCUUUGAUGGGAUUUUGUCAAAGCUGAAUGAUUGUUUUUUUUUUACCGACCUGUCAAUCAACCACACCCCCCGCCCCGCCCUCUACUUUAGCAUCUCUUUAAGCCCCGCCCCCCGCUGGCAGCUGUUGUAUAAAAGCUGCUGAUGCACUUUCUAAACCACACUUUAAAACCUCCUCACUGCUAUUAUUAUCGCUAUUAUUCAUACUACCAGGGACGAUGCCAGCCUCACCAGCCGACUUCGGAGCCUUCUUCCUGGACCGUAGCGUGCCGGGUCUCGGCUACCAGCUGCCGGUGCUGGGCGUCCAGCAGCAGCAUCUGGCAACCCUGGCGGCCGCUGUGCCCGUCACUUACUCCGGACUACACGGAUACAACUUCAUCCCCUUGGCGGCACAGCACCACCACCACAGACACCUCGCACACUUGGGCAACGGCUUCGACCUGAAGACCACGACCGCCUCCCCCUACCACCACGCUCUGUUGGCGCGCGGGGGUCCCUUCUUCUCGCCCUACCGGCCCGGCACGGCCGAGGAGCCCGGACGCGGCAGCGCCAAGGUUGCCACCCGCGAGAGCACGGGGGCGCUGAAGGCGUGGCUCAGCGAGCACCUGAAGAACCCUUACCCCACCAAAGGUGAGAAGGUCAUGCUGGCCAUCAUCACCAAGAUGAGCCUGACGCAGGUCUCCACCUGGUUCGCCAACGCCCGCCGCCGCCUCAAGAAGGAGAACCGGGUCAGCUGGGCCUCAUCCAGGUCCAAGUCUGACGAGGAGGACGAGGAGCAGGAGAGCGAUGAGGACGAGGAGGAGGAGGAGGAGCCUCUGAGGAGAUGUGAGGAUGAGGAGCAUCCUGCAGAAGGAGCCCAGGAGAAGACCUCGGAGGCGACCACGCAGCCUCCGCCUGUGGACUCUCCUCCGGACGGCAAAGACACGCCCAAACCCAAAAUCUGGUCCCUGGCCGAGACCGCCACGUCAGAGUCGGCGAAGACGGAGCGCACGUAUCAGACCGCCGGCAGGAUGUGGGCGGAGUGGGCCUCCAGGGGCGCCCUGGUGGUCCCCGCCUCCUACGCCCAGAGCCACUGAGCAAAGCCCUUGUGGACUAAAGCAUUGAUGCACUUUAACACACCAAAGAUGUUUUAUGUAAAGAAAUUAUUUUUUAUAAACAUGUAAAUUAUCUUUCCUUCUCUCCAACAAAUAGUUUUACUUCAAUAAAAUGUUAUUCAAAACAAAAAUGUGA